CCUUCGGCGCUCCACAAGGUCGCCGCCACUUUUCAAUCCAGCCGUCUCCCUCCUGGUCCUGGGGCUCUUCCUCCCCCCUUUCCCUCCACCCCUUCGCGCAUCCAAAACCGCACCCCCCGACGUCGACGAGCCACUCCGCUCGGCUUCAGCUCUCCUCCUCCUCCUCCUUCCUGCUGCUCCCACGCCGUAUAAAAGUGCCACGGCCAUCAGCUCACCACAACUAUCCCGGCAUCGCCAUGGCGCUCGCCCUUCGACCACCGCGCUUCCAGCCUCUCCCCGCCCCCAUUCCCGCGUCAACCGCCUCCACCACCGCUCUCGCCGCACGGCCCUCCUCCUCCGCUCACGCCAUCAUCUGCGCCGCUGCUGCUUCGCCCUUCACCGAGGCCACAUCCUCCUCGCGGUACCGCCGCGACGCCUGGUCCUACGCCGCCUCGGAUGGCGAUUCGUCGUCGUCGUCCGCUGCUGCGGCUGCGGCGGCGGCUUCUUCGGGUCGCCGGGACGACGAGAUCGCGCUGCAGCUGCCGGAGCUGAGGAGGCUGCUGGAGGCGCUGCGGGCGUCGAGAGGGAGGGGGGCGGAAGGGGAGGGCGGCGGCGGCGGGCCCGGGAGGGUGGCGCUGGUGGGGACGGGGCCCGGUGACCCGGAGCUGCUCACGCUCAAGGCGGUGCGGGCCAUCGAGGCGGCGGACUUGGUGCUCUACGACCGCCUCGUCUCCAACGACGUGCUCGAUUUGGUCGGGGAGGGCGCCAGGCUGCUCUACGUCGGCAAGACGGCCGGAUACCACAGCCGCACCCAGGAAGAGAUUCAUGAGCUGCUACUAAGCUUCGCAGAGGCUGGUGCCAAUGUGGUGCGGUUGAAAGGCGGCGACCCUCUGGUCUUUGGAAGGGGUGGAGAAGAGAUGGAUUUCCUUCAACAACAAGGAAUAAGAGUUGAAGUUAUCCCAGGAAUUACAUCAGCUUCAGGAAUUGCAGCAGAACUUGGCAUUCCACUAACCCAUAGAGGUGUUGCUACCAGUGUCAGAUUUUUAACUGGGCACUCUAGAAAUGGUGGGCCAGAUCCUCUAUAUGUGGCAGAGAAUGCAGCAGAUCCUGACACAACUUUAGUUGUGUAUAUGGGUUUGUCAACACUGCCAUCUCUUGCUCCCAAGUUGAUGAAGCAUGGUCUUCCACCGGAUACACCGGCUGUUGCAGUUGAGCGUGGCACUACCCCCCAACAACGCAUGGUAUUCGCCAUGUUAAAGGAUUUUGUGAAUGAAGUCAAGUCGGAGGAUCUAGUCUCUCCUACUCUGAUAAUUAUUGGGAAGGUGGUGGCAUUGUCACCCUUUUGGAUCGAUUCAUCCAAACAGGGUGCACAAUCCAUUGAGAAUUUGUACGCAGCCGAGACCAAAAGAUAACAGUUCCUCUAGAAUCAAAUGUCGGAGUGACCGUUGAGUAAUGUCAUACAUCAGAUAUGGACUUUCACAAGUAAGAUCUAAGCCAAUCUGAUCUGGUUUAGUUUAGGGCAUGCAAACAGAUGAUGGAAUGAACCUGGGCAGGAGAUUAUGCACAUUCCCUGAUGACAUCACAGGAAACAGAGAUUCUUAAAGAUUGAUGACAGCUUUGAACAAAGGUGGACAUGUGAUCCUCAAAUAACAGCACUGCAUUUGAACGGUGUUUGACAUAACUUAUUCACUGCUACUGCAAUUCUUCAACUCGGAGUAAUACUCCUUUACUUGGAGCUGUUCGCUACUCCCUUCCAUUUUAAGGUUGUAGCUGUUCUCUUUCGUUUUUGUUUACCCGGCAUUUUUUUGGUCAGAGGCUCUCCUGAUUCACGAAGCCUCAACAGGCAUAUGGCUGUUUUAAGUGUGUAAUCUACCAAUCGUUGUAUGUCAGCUUUUGCAUAUUCCUUCGUGGAAAACUCGAUUGUACAUUUGAUAAUUAUUUCUGAAUAAAACGUGUACACCCUUUUCCUUUU